CGUGCCCUUACCCUAAGAAAAUGGGUUAAGAACUUAAAAGCCCAAUGACUUGAAAAGCCCCCGGGAAGUUUAAACUAGGGCGUUAACUAAAACCCUAAAACACGAGAAACCUUGCUUCUUUCAGUUUCCCACGAAGGAGUGAGCAUGGAGGAUCCUCGGGUCGAAGAGUGUGAACACGACAGCAAUAAAACAGAGGAAGAUACUCAGAUGGAAGAAGGUGAACAAAACAACAAAGACAUGGAGGUUUCUCCCGCCCUUAUUUCCGUCCACCCGACCCAGAACUCAGUUGCAGUCGCUGUCGGGUCUGACCUUCGUGUCUUCAAUCUCCUAGAAGAUUGCGCUGUGACUUUGGUGGAUGAAUCUGGCGGAACUUCUCAUAAUGAUUCAAUAAGAGGAAUUAAAUAUGGAGCAAAUGGAAAGCUCUUUGUAUCUGCCGGAGAUGACAAGCUUGUCAAGGUUUGGUCUACCGAGUCUUGGCGCUGUAUUUCUACUGUGUGUUCUGAGAAGAGAGUGAGUGCAGUUGCUGUAAGCCAUGAUGGUCUUCAUGUUUGUUUUGCUGACAAAUUUGGAGUGGUUUGGGUGGUGGAUCUUCCAGGGUUUGAUGGAACUGAAGGUCCUCUUAACAAGAAGGCAGUGCCAAUGCUUGCUCAUUAUUGUAGUAUCAUUACUAGCCUGGAGUUUUCACCUGAUGGGCAAUUUAUUAUCAGUGCGGACAGAGAUUUUAAAAUUCGUGUUACAGUGUUUCCUAAGAAGCCAUUAGAUGGAGCUCAUGAGAUUGAAAGCUUUUGUCUUGGUCAUACAGAGUUUGUUUCCUGCCUUGCCUUCAUUUGUUCUCCAGAUUGCUCACAGGGUAUUCUUGUGUCUGGAGGUGGUGAUUCAAGUGUCCGCAUGUGGGAUAUUAUAUCUGGAUCCCUCCUUGAUACUUGUGAAGUUGGUGCAAAGGUAUCUCUCUUACAAAAAUUCCUGGAGAUUGCUGAUUGUUUUGGGGAAAAAAAAUAUCAUUCACCUCUGUUGUUGACAGGACAGCUAGAGUCUGAUGCAAGUGAAGGAAACUUUUCAACUGUUACUGAUAUAUGCACAAUCCCCAAUUGUACCCUUAUUGCCGCAGCCAUUCAAAGUUUGCAAGGAAUAAUGUUGUUGAGCUACGACCUUCCAUCUCAGACUCUUUCUGUUGCCAAGGUGGUCUCUAUCGUGGGGGAAAUUUUCAUUCCCACAAGCCUUGGCAGUAGUAUUUCUGGAGGAUUAUUGUGGAUGGUAACAGGUGCCUCUAAGUUGCGCAGUUUUGACCUUUCCUCUUUGUCCCGAGUAAAAGUCAUUUCUGGUUUCACAAAAAGCAGUCCCGACUCUUCAGAGCAGGAGCCAGUUGUUUUGGCAGAUAGUGAAAUACCUGGGGGAACAAAACUACUUGAGAAGUUGCAGGGAAGUAUUUCAAUUGAUGAAAGGUUGUCAUUGGCAGCUGCAGAUGCUGUGAAAACAGCAAUGUGCAAUUUGUUAAUUAAGAAGCAAUACACUGUUGAGAAACGAGAGUUUAGAAAGCGAACAAGAAAUGAUAAGAAAAGCAAGCAGUAAACCGGUUUUUUUCCUUAUAAUAAUUGAGUUUUUGUGAGCGUAUGACAUUGAGGUACCUGUGACAUUAGUUAUGCAUAUUUGUCACAUAAGAAAAUAUGUAAUAGUUUUCUGAGAUAUCAGCGAAGUUGAUAUGCAUGAUUCAUGAAGGACUGCAAUUAUCAAUGAUGCGUUUGAAGAUUUUUUGACCACAUAUAAGAAUUGAGAGAUGUUAUCUGUUCAUGGCUUUUUAAAGUAACCGGCUAAUCUCAUCGCCAGCACCAAGAAAAUUUAACUGGUCAAUCUGAAACAGAUUUAGAGGAAUGCUUGUGGAGUGAUAGGUC